AUGCGCCCAGUCAAUCUGGCUCGAGCUGCUAUGGUCACCUGGGCCUUGCAGUUUGGCUCUGCUGUUGCGGCGGAAAGAACCAACUGGAAAGUCGAGGUCUUUCUGGAUGAUCUUUGCGAGCAGUCGACCGGAGUUUGGAUCGAUAAUCAUAAGUCUGGGUGUGAACGACUCGACAAUCUUCCUGAUAUUCGAUCCAUUAAGGCCACGGGCGAUGACCUGAAUGCCCGGUGUGGCUGGAAUGUCUUCGCCUGCGAAAACACCGAGUGCCAGAAGGGCUGGGAGUUACAAAAGGAUAUCUGUCUCCGAGUCGGCGUUGGCGACCUGAAGGACGCGAUCAAGAGUUACAUUGUCGUUGAAACUCCUUGCGUCUAA